AUGUAUCGAAUGUUUAAAAUUUGUUCCAAGCCUGUUAACCUGAUUUCAACCCAAACCCUUUCUCGAAGCUUUCAUGCAUCGAAACCAGCUUCACAAGUGAUUGCCUCCCAACCAUUAAGAGCAAAGGAAGCACCCUCUACAAUUUCUAGCAAAUACCCAGUCAUUGAUCACUCAUAUGAUGCUAUUGUUGUAGGUGCUGGAGGUUCCGGCUUGCGUGCCGCUUUUGGUCUUGCAGAGGCUGGUUUAAAUACGGCGUGUAUAACUAAAUUAUUUCCAACAAGAUCACAUACUGUCGCUGCACAGGGUGGUAUUAAUGCUGCCCUAGGGAAUAUUACUGAAGAUGAUUGGCGUUGGCAUAUGUAUGAUACUGUGAAGGGAAGUGAUUGGCUUGGUGACCAAGAUGCGAUUCACUACAUGUGUCGUGAAGCUCCAAAAACUGUUAUUGAACUAGAACAUUAUGGUGUACCAUUUUCUCGAACGGAAGAUGGUAAAAUUUAUCAAAGAGCCUUUGGUGGACAAAGUCUAAAUUUCGGUCAAGGUGGACAGGCGUACCGUUGUGCUGCGGUCGCUGACCGUACCGGACACUCUCUUUUACAUACGUUAUACGGACAAUCUUUAAGACAUAACACUAAUUUCUUUAUUGAAUAUUUUGCCCUCGAUUUAUUAAUGGAAGAUGGUACCUGUCGUGGUGUUAUUGCUCUUAAUCAGGAAGACGGAACUUUACAUCGAUUCCGUGCUCAUAAAACCGUAUUAGCAACUGGUGGAUAUGGUCGUACUUAUUUUUCGUGUACUAGUGCACACACAUGUACUGGAGACGGAAACGCUAUGGUUGCUCGAGCCAAGCUACCAUUACAAGAUUUAGAAUUCGUACAAUUUCAUCCUACUGGCAUUUAUGGAGCUGGUUGUUUGAUUACGGAAGGCGCUAGAGGUGAAGGCGGCUAUUUACUCAAUUCAAAGGGUGAACGUUUUAUGGAGCGUUAUGCUCCUAGUGCAAAAGAUUUAGCUUCCAGAGAUGUCGUGUCACGUUCAAUAACGUUGGAAAUCCGUGAAGGACGUGGUGUUGGUCCUGAAGCUGAUCAUAUUUAUUUACAACUUUCGCACUUACCUGCGGAAGUUCUACACGAACGUUUACCUGGUAUUUCUGAAACAGCUGCAAUUUUUUCCGGCGUUGAUGUAACUAAAGAACCAAUUCCAGUAUUACCUACUGUACAUUAUAAUAUGGGUGGUAUACCUACGCGGUAUACUGGUGAAGUUUUGACGAUUGAUGAGAAAGGAAAUGACAAAAUUGUUCCUGGCCUGUAUGCAGCCGGCGAAGCCGCUUGCGUAUCAGUUCAUGGCGCCAACCGCUUAGGUGCCAAUUCAUUACUCGACAUUGUGGUCUUCGGUCGUGCUUGUGCACACCAUAUCAAAGAUACUUUGGAACCAGGAACACCUCACAGACCACUAGCUUCUGAUGCAGGAGCUGAAUCAAUCGCUAAUCUAGAUAAACUUCGAAACGCAUCUGGAUCAAAGCCAACUGCAGAAAUCCGCUUGGAUAUGCAAAAGGCUAUGCAACGUGAUGCCGCAGUAUUCAGAACACAAGAAUCUUUGGAUCAUGGCGUCAAAAAAAUUGAUGAAAUUUCCAAGUCAUUCGAAGAUGUGAAAGUUGAGGAUCGAUCCAUGAUUUGGAAUUCUGAUCUUAUUGAAACUUUAGAAUUACAGAAUCUUUUGACUAAUGCUGUACAGACUAUGCACUCGGCAUCAGUUAGAAAAGAAUCACGUGGUGCUCAUGCGCGAGAAGAUUACCAGAAACGUGACGAUGAAGAAUGGAUGAAACACACACUAUCAUGGCAUGAUCAAAUAUCAGGACAAGUUAAAUUAAGAUAUCGGCCCGUAACUAGUAAAACUUUAGAUGAAAGUGAAUGCGCUAGUGUUCCUCCAAAGGCUAGAGUAUACUAA